AUGGCAAAGAGAGACUACCUGGUGGAGGCGGCCAAACAGAUCCGCAUGGCGUUGGACAGCGAGGUCAAUGAGGACUACGAGGCAGCGUUCAGUUACUAUAAGAACGGGGUUGACUUACUGCUGAAUGGAGUUCAGUUGGACCCGAACAAAGAUCGGCGGGAAGCUGUGAAGAGGAAGACAACCCAGUAUCUGAAGCGAGCUGAGGAAAUCUUCAUUACACAUCUGCAGGACAACCUUGGGAAGGGAAGCUCUCAUUUAGGGGGUUACAGCAGUCUGAGAUUCCGUCCAAUCAGACACUUGAGUUCGCCCGUGGAGGAUCUGGAGAUGUGUAAGGUGGUCGGAGUGAGCGAUAAGGUCCUGAUCGUCCAAAGUAUGGUCAACAAGGAGACAUUUGUUGUAAAGAGUCUGGUCAAGUCGAGCUGGGAGAGCAGGGAUCAGUCCACCAUCAUUCCUCAGGGGGUGCCAUACAUGGUCAAGUUGCUGAGGUAUUACGUCAGUGAGGAUGCUGUGUACCUGCAUCUGGAGCAUGUCAAAGGUGAGUCAAAUUAGAAAAAAGAAGGUGAAUGUUACUGCUGCUGCAACACUGAAAUGCAUUACUGUUUUGUUUAACUGCCUUCCAUCCUCCAAGGUGGCAGAAUCUUCUCCAAACUGCACAAGCUGAGGAAUGAGAAAGCCAAGGAACACCCAGACUGCUUCACCUCUGGCCAGCCCAGCAUCAAGCUGAAGACCAGCUACACCUCUCCCACAAUCAGCACAGACUACCAGCACAACACCAAAGGUGGCACGUGGGGGAUUCUGGGGAAAUUAACUGAUGAGAGCCCAGACACAGACUUCCCCACGUCGUGGGACGAGACCCAGCAGCGGGUGGAGAGCUUGGGCACUCACUCCUACAUCGAGGAGACGGGUUGUCUGCAGAACACACGCUCGGCAGCAUCGUUUUACAGCAAGCUGGAUCGAUUGACUCUGCAGCCCGGCUCUCCGAGGACGCAGGUCAACACCUCCAUCCAUCCACCUGCCCCUAGUUUGUGUUUGCAGUGCGGUGAAACUCAGGAAACGCCCGCUCUUCCUCUCUCUUGCUCCCGCGUCAACCAGGCUCUGGACGUCAUGUCAGAGCUCCACCAACAGAAAGCCGCGAUGGGACUGACAGAGUGCAGCUCGGAGUUCGAGGUGGCUUGGAAAGCUGCGGACCCAGCGCACACCUGUGAGAAAGUCAGCCCCUAUGCAGUGAGCCACGGUGACGUACAGAGCACACUGGGACAUACUGCACCUCAGACAAACAAGACCUCAUUUAUAAAAGCAGGAAACAGCGAAUACAAUGGUUUGAGUUCUUCCCCUGCCAUUUUGCAUCUCCCUCUCCAUUGCCAAACCCAGAUUCGAGGCAGGGCAUCAUGGGAUACCAAUGGCUCCAACCAGGGUUCAGUUAUAAGCGCUAGCUCUGCAGACAUAGUAACAGACUUGAAUCAGGACAGCAGCAGCCCCACCACAGAGGAGAGGAACGGUAUGGUGGUCAUCAGGAGCACGGACAGAGCGGUGUUUUCUGACCACACAGACACAACCCCUUGGACCCUCUCAGGGGGGAAACACAGAGGGGACGCAUGUCCCAGUGAGCUGAGAGAGGGAGUAGAGGAAGCCUACGAAUUGAGUCCCAGAGAGAAGGUGGCACCUGCAAAGGAUGGGUCAUUUAUGGGCUGGUUCUCCUCUGGAUCCCAGAUGAAGGAGGACUAUAAGGAUGCCUUCUUUAAAUCAGAGGAGUCGGAGGAGCCGGGGGAGGACCAGAUCAUCGAGGUGGACGGCUGGUGCCACCUGCCUCGCUUCCCUGUGAAGGCCUCGAGGCGCACAGGCCAGGCCAGGCAGACCUGCUGGGGGCUUCCCGAGGCGGAGGUGCGUGUGUGGGGGGCACAGAUCCUGUUGGCCCUGGAGAGUCUGCAUCAGCAGGGGGUCCUGUGUCGGGACCUCAACCCUAGAAAUGUUCUGCUCACCAGCAACGGAAAGGUGUGUUUGACGUUUUUCGGCCAGUGGAGUGAGGUUCAGACCGAGAUUAGCUCCACAGCCAUGGAACAGAUGUACUGUGCUCCAGAGAUCGGUGGAGUGUCCAGGGUAACGGAGGCUUGUGACUGGUGGAGUCUUGGGGCCUUGUUGUUUGAACUUCUGACAGGAAUGCCACUGUGGCAGCUCCACCCAGCAGGAAUCCAUUCUCACACCCAGCUGCUGAUCCCCGACCACCUGAGCGCUGCAGCUGCAUCUCUGCUCACCGAGCUGCUUCAGUUCGAUGCCGGCUACCGCCUGGGUUCUGGAGGUGGAGGUGUGAGUGACAUUAAGUGCCAUCCCUUCUUCAGUGGUGUCUCGUGGAAAGCUCUGAGCUGCUAG